GCAGUAGCAGAAGCAGUUGUGAAGUUCGGCACAGUUAAGCUAGCAAAGGUGCUUAGUUCGAAACCCAGCAACACCAGCAGAAUCUAGGAACAGCAAAGGCCAAAGGUCACCGGUUCGAGACUCGGCAAGAUCAGAACCAAGGGAGAAAGCAAACACAGCAGCCAUGUUUCGUGCGACGAACAGCAUAGUGGGGCUGCUGAACUUUGUGACAUUCCUGCUCUCAAUUCCCAUUCUGGGUGGCGGAAUUUGGCUCGCCACACGCAACAGUGGCAAUUGCCUUCGCUUUUUGCAGUGGCCCAUCAUUGUCAUCGGCUCUGCCAUUAUGCUGCUCUCAUUGGCAGGCUUUGUGGGCGCCUGCUUUCGAGUCACUUCUUUGCUCUGGCUUUAUCUCUUCUUCAUGCUGCUCCUCAUUCUCGCUUACUUGGGAUGUAUCAUUUUUGCCUUUGCAGUUACUGGUAAAGGCGAAGGCCACCCGGUAAUAAACACCGGCUUUAGUGAGUACAAGCUUCAGGAUUUCUCUCACUGGAUGCAGGACCGCGUCAGGGAUUCCGGUAGCUGGCAUAAUAUCAGGUCUUGUGUUCGAGAUGCUAAGGUGUGUAAGAAGCUCGGUGAUAAGACGAUGUAUAUGGGCGCUGCCGGGUUUUAUCAGCAGCAUUUGAAUCCCUUUCAGAUGCCUUCACUCCCCCUUGCUGCAGCUGUAGGAACGCCUCUCGGCGUAAUCACACAUAAUCUAUAG